CUCUCACAACAUUUUUGUCAUUCAGAUAUUCUGUUCCUCUUGGAUCGUAGGUCGACUAGGUUCUAUAGAAUGCGCACCUUACUGCUGUAUCUGGUUUGCACUUACCCCACUUACCUCUUGAGCAUUGGUUCAGCUGACUUAGAAAGUAGUCAAUUUUUGGAAUGCCCCAAAAUCAGCGACGGUACUUAUCCAUAUUGCGUUUGCAAGCACGGACCAGUCUACAACAGUGAUACAAACACCUGCCCAAAUCCUGAAUGUCCAGUCAGUGAGAGCAUUGGUAUCUAUCCGAACUGUACGUGUCAGCACAAAAACUUCGAUUUCAGCAUCACUUUCAACGAGUGUUUUCGAGUUUGUCCCGACAAUAGCACCGGUUACUGGCCUAAUUGCAAGUGCGACUCAAAUGGCUAUGGCUUCAACAAAGAAUUAUUCGAAUGUACCGCUUGUCCCAAAAACAGCACUGGUCAAUAUCCUGAUUGCCGUUGUGACGAUGAUAGUGCCGUCUAUCAAAGGUCCAAAAAUUUUUGUGAAGGAUGUGAACAGGGAAUGUAUGGAAAUUUCCCGAAUUGCACUUGUCCCAAUGGAGCUACAUACAACUUAAACUUCCAACGUUGUGUGCAUGAACCCAAAAAUGGAUCGAUACAGUGUCCGUCGCGAAGCAAGGGCACUUAUCCGAAUUGCACUUGCCAAGGUGACGGAAUCUACAACGGAUUAGCCAACAUUUGCAAUGAAUGUCCUUAUCAUAGUACCGGUGUCUAUCCGAACUGUGUCUGCUUGUUUGAUGGGACUUACAACCAAACAACAAACUUUUGCAUCUCCUGUCCUAUUGUGAGUAAUGGAGUGUAUCCGAACUGUGUUUGCCACAACGGCUUUACAUACGAGGUAGCUUCGAAUUGGUGUUACAUCUGUCCAGUUAAUAGCACUGGGACAUUUCCGAAUUGUGAUUGUGGACAUUCGUCGCAGUAUGUUCAAAAAACGAACAGGUGUGAGCGUUGCCCGGAAAAUAGUACGGGCGUUUAUCCGCAUUGUAAAUGUGACAACGGAAACUACAGCAAGACUCAUAGGAUUUGCAUUGAGUGUCCAACAGACGCUACCGGUUUUUAUCCAGCUUGUAAAUGCAAUGACGAACAGUUAAAAUUCGAUGCGUUAGAAAGAAAAUGCUACCGUGAGUGUCCAGCAAAUAGUUCAGGAAUUCAUCCGUUUUGCCUAUGUGACGGAGAAUACAAAUAUUUCGAUCGCAUCAAUGAGGCAUGUACGAGCAGUAUUGGGAAAAUCUGUCCGUCCGACAGUAUUGGAACUGGUCCAGACUGCUUAUGUGUGAGGAAAGAUUAUCGAUUCAGUUCAUACUUAUGGUCAUGUGGAAAAUAUGUGGUAUAUGAAGCUACUGGUGAUGUAUCAAUCGAUUUCAAAGUAUUACAAAGCUCAAUUGGUUAAAAAUUUCCGGAAUCGAAUGACUGUCGGUCAUUACAAUAAAGUUGUGCUUGGUAA